GGGAUGGACCUGGCUGCCUGCAUUGAGCUCAUUGAGAAGCCCAUGGGCAUCUUCUCCAUCCUGGAAGAGGAGUGCAUGUUCCCCAAGGCAACUGACACCUCCUUCAAGAACAAGCUCUAUGACCAGCACCUGGGCAAGUCCAACAACUUCCAGAAGCCCAAACCUACCAAAGGCAAGGCUGAGGCCCACUUCUCCCUGGUGCACUACGCUGGCACAGUGGACUACAACAUCUCUGGGUGGCUGGAGAAGAACAAGGACCCCCUGAACGAAACUGUCAUUGGGCUGUACCAGAAAUCAUCUGUGAAGACCUUGGCCUUACUAUUUGCCUCUGCUGGGGGAGAGGCAGAGGCCAGUAGUGGUGGUGGUGGUGGCAAGAAAGGUGCCAAGAAGAAGGGUUCUUCUUUCCAGACUGUCUCAGCUCUUUUCCGGGAAAACCUGAACAAGCUGAUGACCAAUCUGCGGAGCACUCACCCCCACUUUGUGCGCUGCAUCAUCCCCAAUGAGACUAAAACACCUGGUGCCAUGGAGCACGAGCUGGUGCUGCACCAGCUGCGCUGUAACGGCGUGUUGGAAGGGAUCAGGAUUUGCAGGAAAGGGUUCCCCAGCAGAGUCCUCUAUGCUGACUUCAAACAGAGGUAAGAGUUAUCAAAUUAAGAGU